AUGGGUGCAAGUGUAACCAAAGAACAAGCUGUAACAACAGCUCUUGAAAAUCAAGAUGUAGGUGAAUUACGAGCAGCUUUAAGAGAUAUGACAGCUGAACAGAUUCGUGCAUUAUGCAAAUCAUAUGUACCUUCAGAUGAAAACGAAUGUACAAUUAUUCAUUAUGCAACAUGGCAAGAUAAUCCAGAAUUAUUAGCACCAUUAUUGGAUUAUGCUGAUGAUUUAGAAGUACGUGAUGGUCUUGGUUGGACUCCAUUAAUGUCAGCUGUUAAUCGAGGUAGUAAACAAAAUGUAAGAAUGUUAUUAGAACGUGGUGCUCAAAUUGAUUGUGAUUGGGCUGGUGGUAUGAGUCUUAUUGCUGAUGCUAUGAAUAGCAAUGAUACUGAACUUAUAACAAUGCUUAUGGAUCGUGGUGCACGAGUUACACCAACACCUGAUAUGCUUGCUGAUAGUGAUGAUCAAAAUGCACUAUAUUUAUUACAUUAUGCUGUUGAUGAUGGUCUUCUUGAUAUCGUAAAAUUAUUAGUUGAAAAAGGCCAAAUACCAUUAAAUACAUUAGAUCAAUCAGGAUGGAGUCCACUUCAUUUAGCUGCAGGACAUAAUUACGUCGAAAUUAUAAACUAUCUUUUAUCAAAAGGUGCCGAUGUUAAUAUUAAAGAUUCAAAUGGUAAUACUCCAUUAGCAUGGGCAAAGGAAAUGAGUGCUACUGAAGCUAUAAAUGAAUUACAAAAUCGUGGUGGCAUAGCUGAUAUAGAGUGGCAUGGAGAUAAAUUAGAUAUGAAAACAAAUGAACAACGUGAAGAAGAAGGCGAAUUUGAAGAAGGUGAAUAUGAUGAACAAGGUGCAUAUCAAGAGGAACAAGAACAAGGAGCAAGUAGUGGUAUUGAAAAGAGUCGAUUUGAAAUUGAAAUUGAAAGUUCGAAAUCUAAAAAGCAAAGUUCUUCAAAUAGCAACAGCCCAAAUUUAGAUGCACUUCAACGUCAACGUCCAUCUACUAAAAUCGUUUUUUAA